AUGUCUUCCAUGUUCUCUCGAAUGAAAAAGUAUGAUGCUGCAUUCAAAAUUCGGCUGUUAAAUGAUUCAUUCCGAAGAUUGGAAACUCUCAAACUCUACAAGGAAGUCUUGAAAUUUUCAAAAUUAUUUACAUGGCAAGAUGAGAAUGGAGUCAUGUGGGGAGAUUUAAUCAAGCUCUCGGCACGGCAAGAAAUUGAAGCAUCUCGUGAAGAAAAGGAUCCACAAAUUCUUGCUCAAGCUUUAGUGAAUGCAAGAAUGGCACUUGAUGAAAUGCAAGAAAAGUUUCAUGCUCAACAACAAAAAGUACAACAACAAUUUACACAACAUGUAAAUAAUACGAGAAUGGAUUCGGAACGAAAUCGGACACGAUCUCCGUUAGAAAUUAUUCAGGAACGAGAAAUGAUGAACAAGAUGGGAUUUGAUCCAAAUGUUCAUUCUCCACAGCAUGUGGAUUAUUCUAAAAUUCCGAUUAUUCAAGAGGAUGCCAAACAACAUGAUAAUAUUCCAAUUCUUACUCCCGAUGGGAUAUGGGAUGACAAGAAGAAGAAUAAUUAA